GACCAAAGCUCGUCUCCCACAGCACUGCACGGCACAACCAAUCCAUGAUCCCUUCCCGCCUCCCUGCAUAUUCAAAUCACUCUGUUUUCUCUCUCUUUUACGUAAAUCUCCGUCUGUCUAUAUAUCAAUCAGGGGGUAAGUAAGAUUUAAUAAUGGAUGGCCAAGCAAAAGUAAGAUCGGGCGGAGAGGUCGAUCUUUGGUCAGAGAUCAUAGGAGCAUCGGAUCAACCAUCCACAAACGCACCCUUAAUCCAACCCGUUUAUCAGAGAAGAAGACGAACAUCUCACCCCACCCCCUCUGACUCAGACCACCCCCUGCUGCUGCAACCCACUAACAGCAAUCGCCUCAGUUUCGCUGCUGCUAACAACAAGCGGGUCAGUUGGAAUCGCUCACUUUCCAUCAGAGGGAGGAUAAGCAUUGCUGUUGCUCCUUGCUUGGCUAAUCAACCACAACAAAAGCAGCCCAGGAGAAGGGGCAAACCGCCUGUUCCUAAAGGCAAGGCUGCAGAACAUUCAAGCUUGGAUAAGGAGAGAGCAUAUUUUCAAGAGGUUGAUGCCUUUGAGUUAUUGGAGGAGAGCCCAUCACCAAAACACUUUGGGACAUGGGCAACAGGCAAUCAAACUGUCACUGAUCCUAUACCACAUGUUUCAUCCAGAUUAGAGAAGUGGCUCUUUUCAAAGAAGAUAAACUUCAGUUGCGGGCCUUCUACCACCUUGUCCAAAAUAUUAGAAACUCCUGCUGCUCCAAUGGAUCCCAUAUAUACUAGUGGUUUGGAUUUAUCAAGUGUAAAAACUCCUGAAAAGUUCAGUCCAGUAUCCGUGAUUGAUGCUGACCAAGGUUGUGAAGAUAUAGAUGCUGCCAUUAAGAAGCUUUCCUUGGCGUCUAAAUCAACAUCAUCACAUCUUGAUCGUAUUGAUCCAUUUACUGCUUUGCUGGGAAUUUGUGAACAGCCAGAACCAAUGAAGUUUCUUGAUCUUUUCUCUAAGUAUUGUGCUCCAGAAAGUAUUGCCAAAAUUGGUGAAGGUACUUAUGGAGAAGCCUUCAGGGCAGGCAAUACCGUUUGCAAAAUAGUUCCAUUUGAUGGGGAUUUUCCAGUAAAUGGAGAACUGCAAAAGAAAUCGGAAGAAUUGCUUGAGGAGGCUGUGCUCUCACAAGUUCUUAACAGUUUACGAGAAUUUGAGAAGAAUGAUAGUAAUGCUUGCACGACCUUCAUAGAAACAAUUGAUUUAAAGGUUUGCCAAGGUUCUUAUGAUGCGGCAUUGAUUAGAGCCUGGGAAAAAUGGGAUGAAAAGAAUGGCUCAGAAAAUGAUCAUCCCAAGGAGUUCCCGGAGAAGCAGCGCUAUCUCGUCUUUGUUCUACAACAUGGUGGUAAAGAUCUUGAAAGCUUUGUACUUGAGAAUUUUGAUGAAGCACGAAGUUUAUUGGUUCAGGUUACAGCUGCCCUAGCUGUGGCUGAAGCUGCAUAUGAGUUUGAACACCGUGACUUGCACUGGGGAAACAUACUUUUGAGCCGAAAUGGUUCUGUCACUGUGAAGUUUAUUCUUGAGGGCAAGCAAAUAUCCUUUAGGACAUAUGGGUUAUCGGUGUCAAUAAUUGAUUUUACACUAUCGAGAAUAAACACUGGAGAAAACAUACUCUUUUUGGAUCUUUCACAGGAUCCUUAUCUUUUCAAAGGUCCAAAAGGAGAUAAACAAUCAGAAACAUAUAGAAAAAUGAAGGAGGUUACAGAAGAUCAUUGGGAAGGAAGUUUUCCCAGAACAAAUGUGUUAUGGUUGGUAUAUUUGGUGGAUAUACUGCUGCUGAAGAAAACAUAUGUACGUUGUUCAAAGAAUGAGAGGGACAUGCGGUCUUUGAAAAAGCGUCUGGACAAAUAUGAUUCCGCUAAGGAAGCAAUUUUGGAUCCCUUCUUCGAGGAUUUGUUUGUGAAUAAUUAAUGCUUUGAAUUGUAGAAGGGAUAUGGAUCUUAACUAACCACAACUUGACAGAACCUUAGGAGUUAUAACGGUUCCAAAUACUGUGUUUGGUAGUAGCAGUAGUAGAAUUGGAAAUUUUUGUAAUCUAUGAUUACAUUGUAAUUGCUGCUUUGAAUACGUCAUUCAAGUCGCAUGACAUGACAGCCCUAGCAUGACUUGGGAAACUAAUCUCCCAUCUCCAUGUAUUAAUAUUUGCCUAACUAUAUUAAAUAUUGCUUUACUUUAUCAA